AUGAAUGAUGAUUUAAAAUCGUGUAUUAUCAUUUCUAAUAUGGAUUAUUUCGAUAUCAAACCGAAAAUAAUAUCUUAUUAUUUAAGGGUUAAUCUAAGAACAAAAGAAGAUUACUCACUUUUAGAUUUAUGUUGCUAUUAUGGUGCAGUUAAUUGUUUCAAAUUUUUAAGAACAAAAUGCAAUCUACAAAUCUCCAGCAACUGCCUUUCAUUAUCAUUUUUAAGCGGAAAGCCAGAUAUUUUGAACGAAUGCUUGAAAUUUCAUAUACCUGAUAAUGAAUGCAUGAGAUAUGCAAUUGCUUCUCAUAACAUUGAUUUUGUAACAUUUUUGGUGAAUGAGUAUGAUUUAGAAAUCCAGUCUAAAGACUGUAUUGAAUUCAAUAACAUUCAGGCAUUUUUCGUUUAUUUAUAUCAAAUUAAUGAUAUAGAACGGCAUUUUAUUGAUUCCCUAAAUUUUAAUAGCCAAUCUCUAUUGCAAUAUAUAUCCUUACUUGGAGUUGACUUUAAUAAUAUUAAUAGUCGCUAUAAUAGCGAACGGAUGUUCCAUAAUGCUGUAAAAAAUUGUUCUGCAGAUAUAGUGGAAUUUCUUAUCUCACAUGGUGCCGAUGUAAAUUCAACCCUCAAAUACUUUGGAAGAGCACCACUUCAUAUUGCCGUAGAAUAUAACAAAAAAGAUGUCGCAGAAUUACUUUUAUUACAUGGAGCUAAUGUUGGAUCAAGAUUCACAAAAAAUGGGAAAACGGCGCUUUAUAUUGCAAUAGAAAAUAAUCGAAUGGACAUUGUAAAAUUGCUAUUAUUGCAUGGUGCAAAUAUCGAAAAAAUAGAUAAUAAUAGAACUUUAGCUUUGCGUCUAGCAGUGCAGAAUGAUUUUUUGGAAUUUGUUGAAUUUCUUAUUUCAAAUGGUGCUGAUAUUAGAUCUAAAAAUAUCGGCGGAGAUGAUUUACUUCAUAUCGCAAUUCAGAAUAAUUGUGUAAAAACGGCGAAGUACCUAAUAUCAAAAGGAAUUGAUAUUAAUACAAGAGAUAGUUUCGAUAAUAGAACACCGCUUCAACAAGCUGUUUGGAUUGAAAGUUUAGAGUUAGUUGAACUGCUGAUAUCGCUUGGUUCUGACAUCAACGUAAAUGAAGAGAACGCUUAUUUUGCAUGGCGUUGA